ACAUGGAGCUGGGCGGUUUAGUUACCGGCAAGCCUGCAAUGGCGGAGUGGAGGGGGAGCCACCGAUUUUGAUCCAUCCGUCGCCCUCGUAGCUCUCUCUUGAUCGCGAUCGAAGGCCGAUCGAAAUACUUUGGAGCCAGACCUAGGGCAGGAGCGAGCGAGCGAGCGCGGCGCUGAUUUGGGGGAGCGACAAUGUUUAGGAAUGCUUUCCAAUCCGGCUUCCUCUCCAUCCUCUACAGCAUUGGGAGAAAGCCUCUCAACAUAUGGAACGAAGAAGUGACGAAUGGCUACAUCAAGAGAUUGACUGACGAGGACAUCCAGUCGAGUGUUUUGGAGAUUCGCGGAACGAACGUGAGCACGAAUUUCAUCACUUGCCCCAAGGAACCAAAGACCACGCUCGGCAUCAAGCUGCCCUUCCUGGUGAUGAUCAUCAAGAACCUGCGCAAGUACUUCACGUUUGAGGUCCAAGUCCUCGACGACAAGAACGUCAAGCGCCGGUUCAAAGCCUCCAACUUUGAGUCGACAACACGCGUGAAGCCUUUCAUCUGUACCAUGCCAAUGAGGCUAGACGAGGGAUGGAACCAGAUCCAGUUCAACCUCUCCGACUUCACGAGGCGCGCUUACGGCACGAACUACGUCGAGACGCUGUGCGUCCAAGUUCACGCCAAUUGCCGCAUCCGGAGGAUCUACUUCUCCGAUCGCCUUUACUCCGAGGAGGAGCUGCCUGCUGAAUACAAGCUCUUCUUGCCAAUCCAGGUAACUUAA